AUGACCUCCAGAAGCCACAACUCCUUACCGAGAACUCUGAUGGCUCCACGAAUGCUUUCCGAAGGUGCCCUCGGGGGCAUCGCCCAAAUCACCCCCUCGCUGUACCUGAGCCGGGGCAGCGUCGCCUCCAACCGGCACCUGCUCCUCUCCCGGGGAAUCACCUGCAUAAUCAAUGCGACCAUCGAGAUUCCCAAUUUUAACUGGCCCCAGUUUGAAUACGUGAAAGUGCCUUUGGCUGACAUGCCCAACGCCCCCAUCUCCCUGUACUUCGACAGCGUCGCCGACAAGAUAAACAGCGUGGCGCGGAAGCACGGGGCCACCUUAGUCCAUUGUGCCGCCGGUGUGAGCAGGUCGGCCACCCUCUGCAUCGCCUACCUGAUGAAGUACCACAAGGUGUCCCUCUUCGAGGCAUACAACUGGGUCAAAUCGAGACGCCCCGUUAUACGCCCCAACGUGGGCUUCUGGAGGCAACUGAUAGACUACGAGAGGAAGCUCUUUGGGAAGACGACGGUUAAAAUGGUACAGACACCAUAUGGCGUCAUCCCAGACGUUUAUGAGAGAGAGAGGAGACCCCUGAUGCCUUACUGGGGAAUUUAAUGUGACUGCAGACAGGAAGCACAACAGAAGGGACGCACUGUGCUGAGUUGACCAGACUGGAGACAUUCCCUUCUCCUUCUACAGCCAACUUUGGUUCUUUACCAUACAGCAGAACCUCAACUAAUUCUCACCUCACUAACCUGCAAGGCCAACGAUUCCCUUCAAAGCAUUUCUCUCUACAGGGAUUCCCCCAUCCGCAUUUCUCUGAUUUAGCAGAAUGAGGUCUCCUUAUAAGUUUAUACCUUUCAUAAAGCCUCCCUCCCUUUUUUAGUCAGUUUAUUAGUAUCCUAUGAGGAAAGGCCUAAAAGGCAUUUGGCAGAGUUAAUGAACAAAGUGCGCUUUGUGAUGCGGUA